UCUAUACUUUCUUUUUCUAUAUUUCAAGCAAAUUUGUUAUCUUAAGAUUAUGUAACGGCCAUAUUUUUAAGGGAAAUAAUCUCAACUGAAGUGAACGCAAUUUCAAGCUAUUAUGGUUUAUAGAAAUUAAGAUUUAAGAUUUUUUUUCGAUUUAAAAAAGCAUACAAAACUAACAAAAUUGCCAAAAAUAGACAAAAAAUGGCACUGAUGAGUAAAAAAAAAGGCAAAACUAAAAACAUAUGCAUAUUUGAAAUAAAGAGGACAUUAAUCGUAAUUGUAUAAAGUCUAUACUUUCUUACAAUAACGCAAAAAAGGCAAAGUUAGGAAAAUCAGUGGGUCUAUUACUAAGGGCCAUUGAAUUCAAAGGUUAAAAUCUUUUGUCCCUCCAAAAAUUUUGACUCAGUAGUUCUACUCUUUUGUUUGUGGCCUUGACAUUAUUCUUAACCACAUUAAGUUGUAUAGUUUACAUAUCCCCAAUGCUACUAUAAAUGUUUGUCAUAUUUUUGUUUCAAUUACGUAUUUGGGUAAUAUGUACAUAUUUGAAUUUAUAAUGAAAAGGAACCAAUAAAUAAAUAAAUAAUUAGACCACAAGGUACAUUUUCAUAUUUAUUCUUUGAUUAUGUCCAUCCUGUUCUUCUUAAUUCUACCAAGUCCUGUGUAUAUAGACUUACCAGUUAAUACCCUUUAAUCACGUACUAACCCAAAAGGUUCAUGCGUUCAUGAAUUCCCUGAGGGCCAAUAUUCUGCUGUUAUAUAACUUGAAAAAUUGGACCCUAGUGAUUUCUGCUUGGUUUUGACUUUUUAUUACAGAAACAAAGUACAUGUUCUACGAAAAAUCUACCAAAGUUCAUUAGUAAGUAAGAAAAUGGAUAGUAAGUUUUGUGAAAAUUGCAUCUGUUGUGGGUGGUGAUUAUACAUACAAUCAUGAGGAGAACAGUUAGUAUGGUCAAGAAGUCAAUGAAAUAAAGCAAAACGGUUCUGUGCUGAUUUUAUAGGAAGAAAAUAAAAUUGAAAUUGAUGAUAAAAAGCAUGAAUAAUUUAGGUAAAAAUGGCAGUUUAAAUAAUUGAUGAGAAUAAGUUGGUAAUAAUGUGCGAAAAUUGAUUCAAAGUUGAGAAUGUAUGCGAAGCGCCAUGUGAAAUUGAUUCCUGAAAUUUUCGUUGUUAGAAUCUGAUUGAAAGAUUGUGAAGCAGAAGAGAGCAAAAAGAAGUAGAAACAAAGAAAUAAAUUAUAAGAAUGGAUUUUGUUCAAGUUGCCGAAGACGAAGGAGAAGAACCAAUUGAGUUGCCAACCGAAGAAGAUGGCACUUUAUUGCAAUCAACUUUGCAAGCACAAUAUCCCGGAUCGUGUGGUCUUAAAUAUCGCAAUGAAGAUACAAAAGCUGUACGUGGAGUUCGAUUGAAUGAAGGACGAUUUUAUCCUCCAACGUCUGAUGCUGGUUGGGGCACUCAAAUAUUUUUCUGUGUUUUUCCAAAAGAAAACAAACGGAAGAGUGAUGAUAAUUUAGAAAAUUCAACGGCAAAAACAAAACGCGUUGAAUCGCGAGCCCGAUGCACAGAUUUAAUUGUGCUCGGAUUGCCAUGGAAGACAACCGAAGAAAGUUUACGUGAACAUUUUGAGGAAUUCGGUGAUGUCUUAAUGGCACAAGUUAAAAAAGAUAUGGACUCUGGCCAAUCGAAGGGAUUUGGUUUUGUUCGAUUUGCUUAUUAUGAAGCCCAGAAGCGUGUUUUGUCCACACGUCAUUUGAUCGAUGGGCGAUGGUGUGAGGUUAAAGUACCAAAUUCUAAGCAAGGAAUGGUGCAUCAAGUACCUUGUAAGGUAUUUGUUGGACGUUGCACUGAGGAUAUGACCGCAGAGGAUCUUCGUGAAUAUUUUUCAAAAUUCGGCGAAGUAACCGAUGUAUUUAUACCAAAACCAUUUAGAGCAUUUAGCUUUGUUACAUUUUUGGACCCAGAUGUAGCUCAAUCAUUGUGUGGUGAAGAUCAUAUUGUUAAAGGUAUUUCUGUGCAUGUUUCGAAUGCAGCACCAAAAACUGAACAAAUUCGAAAUAAUGGCGGCAACAAUAACGGUGGCAAUUUCAACAACUAUAAUAGAUAUGGUGGUGGAAAUGGUAACCAUGGAGGAGGCAAUAUGCAUGGUCUAUCACAGCACGGACAACGUGGCAAUCAUAAUAAUGGUUAUGGAAAUAAUAUGAACGGAGUUGUUGGCAGUGGAUUGGGUAUUGGUGGGGGACAUUGUCUCGGAGGGGGAUCAAAUGGCGGUAUGAUGGGCAAUGGUCUUGGAGGCUCCGGCAUGGGAAUGGGUGGUCUGGGUAAUAAUUCACUUGGUGGAAUUGGUGGCGGUAAUGGAGGAGGUGGCUUAAUUGGAACAUCAAAUUCUGGAUCGAGUAGAUUAGAUAAUUCAAUGCAACCAUACAAUCCACAGAAUCGUGGUGGCGGAGGUGGUGGUGGUAAUGGUGGUGGUGGAAAUGUUUAUAUGCAAGGCCAAGCUAUGCCACCACAACAGCACAAUGGCGGUUGGAAUAAUCAAAAUCGUGGCAAUCUAGAUAUGCCUAAUUUGCAAGCUUUGGGCAUUAAUCCGCAAGGACAAAAUCCAUCAAAUCAAGGCCAGAAUCUUAAUAAUCCGCUUGGAGUUGGUUUGAAUUUGAAUCAAAUUUCAAUGAAUCCAGCUAUAGUAGCUGCUGCUCUCAACCAAUGGGGCUUAAUUGGAAACUUACAAAAUCAAUCUCAAGAUCAAGGGUUCGGAGGUGGAGGUGGACAAAAUAGCCAAAGUGGAUCUGGCAAUCAGGGGGGUGGCUUUUUAUCAUGGAUGACCCAAGGCGGAGGUGGAGGCGGAAAUAGUAGUGGUGGACAAGGCUCAACAACUGCUGCCGUGACUAAUGAUACGCAGCAGAAUAAUCAUCAGAGUUGGCCUCGAAAAAAUAAUGCAUCCAAUGAGAACCCGGGUGACCAGAAACCCAACAUGAUAUAAUUUGUUAUCAUCAACAAAGUGUUUCAGUUAUAAUUUUUUUUUUUUUUUUUAAUUUUAAAUUAAGUUUAAAAAUAAACCGCAUUAUUUCGUUUAACAUUUUUUAACACACUUCUAAGUAGUUUUUAAGCUUAAACAAAAAAAUUGAAAAAAAACAUGACUAAAUAUUAAAUCAUUGUCAGCUUGAUAUAUUUUAUUUUCGUUUUUAUGAAUGAUUAUUGUUCUUUUCAUAAAAGUGUCCUUUUUUUAUAUUUAUUUAAUUUUUCGUUACAUAUUUCUUAAUAAUAGAAAAAAAAAAGAAAAAAAAAAUGAAAGAAAUGUUAUGAAAAAAAAAAACUAUUAUUAUCUGAGUAUAUAUUUUCUUCUUAUAGUUUUCACAAUAGUAUGGAAACAAGAAAAAAAAAAAAUAACCGACCAUAGAGGAUUUAUAUAGUUUGCAUCUUGACUUAUUAGAAUAUUUGUGUGUAAUUAAGAUGAAUUUGGAC